UUUGUGGACAAAGGAAACAGUUUGAUUGUGAUUAUAAGAGGUUUGUAAACUUCGUGGGAACUUCAUGGUGAAGGGGCGUCGAUGGGAGUUGGGGUUCAGUGGAGAGCAGCGGGCCGCUCGAUCACAUCUCUCAGAGCAAACAGGAGCUCUGGUUUGUCCCACAGACACAAAUGUUGCGUGUGUGCUCUCAGCAGGACACGCUCCUCUGCGUGCGUGGCCACCGCCGGUUUCUUGCUGGUCCUGGGAGUUUGUCUCCUCUACUUACCGGAUCCGUUCACGUUUGAUCCGUCUGCGUCUGUCUCUGAGGAAAAUCACGCAGUUACACUCUUGAUCUGGACUCAUCCGUUUGGUCAGUACCGCAAACUACCGGACUGCUUUAAGCUCUAUCAGGUCGGCGGGUGCACGCUUACCGACGACGCCCAAGUGUACGCGCAUUCUGACGCUGUGAUCUUUCAUCACCGGGACGUUGCCAGCGGCACCGCGGAGCUGCCACCGGAACCUCGACCAGGUGCGCAGAAGUGGAUAUGGAUGAACUACGAGUCUCCCACGCACACCAACGGUCUGUGGCGUUUCGAGGAUGUUUUCAACCUCACCAUGAGCUACCGGACAGACUCGGACAUUUUCCUGCCCUACGGGUAUCUGAUACCCAGUGUGCGCACAGCCGAGGGUCUCCGGAACCCCAAUGUGCACCCCCUACGAGGACCCUCGCGCGCAGACCGCCCCCGACCCCGCCUUGUUGCGUGGGUCGUGAGCAAUUGGUCUGAGUCUCAUGCGCGCGUGGCCUUCUACAACAAACUACGCCGGUACGUCCAGGUGGAUGUGUUUGGCCGCGCGGGUCGCCCAUUACCGGAGGACAGCGGGAAGGGCAGCGUGGUGCGGCUGGUGGGACGGUACCAGUUCUACCUGGCGUUGGAGAACUCUCAGCACACCGACUACAUCACGGAGAAGCUGUGGCACGCUGUACUGGCCGGUGCCGUACCGGUGGUCCUGGGUCCGUCUAGGAAGAACUAUGAGCGCUUCCUUCCCCCAGAGGCCUUCAUCCACGUGGACGAUUUCCCCACAGUCCGAGGGCUGGCCCGGUACCUGCUGAUGCUGAGGCGCAACCCGGCCCAGUUGAGACGGCACCUUGACUGGAGGGGGAGCUACAGUGUGCACCAACCCGCCUUCUGGUCUGAACACUACUGCACGGCCUGCAGGGCUGUGAGGAAGACCAGAGGCAGGACUGAUGUGGUUCAACAUAUAACACGCUGGUUUCACUCUGAAAACAGCAUCAUAACGUUGAGAGAUUAUCAUUAG